UGGCGAGUAACAUUCAAUAGUGCUGGUUAGCAACUGUUUGACCUGAAGCCAAACACGACUUUGUACGUCAUUAUCAUAUUAAAAAAACGUUUCUGAACAGUGGUUUCUUCUUUGGGUUGUGCCCUAUAGCGCACUCCCCGAUGAUAAUUCCACAUCCAUCAGCAACCUUGCGAACUACCUCGUACGUGUCGCAGCACAUUUAACAAGAUCAGCUAAAUUAUUUAACAUUCGUCGUCGUCGCCUCUGCCAUUCCUCCUUUUUCUGUGAUCCUCCGUGUUCCUACCCUGCUGUAUGGCGUGGGUCUGCUGUCGCUUCUGUCUCCGCUGAAGUUCUGUCGACCCCUCAUGGGCCCGGAUCCGCCUGUCCGGCCUCCGGAGACAGCGCCACCGGGUCGCCCUCCACUCCCACCUCGACCCGUUGAUCCUCGGCUGCGGCCUCCUCGAUUUCCGCGGCCACCUCCACCUUUCUUACUUUGUUGAAUAAUGUCAUCCAAAGACAUAUCCAUCUUAUCAGCCAUGGUGGCACUUGUCGUGUUAGAGAACACCAAAUAAUUGGAAAAUUAACUUUAAUAAUUACGUUUUUGGUAGCAAAAUCUAGCCGCGUUCCUUCGUGCUAAUCAAUGGCGAAUAGCUAAAGUUUGAGUGACGUUAGUGGGCUUAAAAAUAAUUGUAGGAAGUGACGUAAAUGCAUUCUCACUAGCAUUUCCGUUCGAUUUAGCGCGUCUUUCACGACCAAACGUCCUCUCUGUUGCUGUAUUGUGCCUCUAUCCAGCAUUGCAAUCAUAAAGGUACCUUUCUGGUUGGGGGGCAGUGUACAGUCAAAAGAGACCACCAUAUAUUUAUUUUUGACAAUGUUUUUUUAGAUUUUUCUAUUUCAAUUCGUUCUCAAAUGUAAAUAAAUCAAAGGAAAAGACGAGACACUACAUACCCUGGUUCGAUUCCAGGCUGUAUCACAACAGGCCGUGAUUGGGAGUCCCAUAGGGCGGUGCACAAUUGGCCUAGCGUCCUCCGGAUUAGGCCGUCAUUGUAAAUAAUAAUUUGUUCUUAAUUUGUUUCCUAGUUAAAUAAACAUCGCUCUGGAUGGCAGUGUUGUACCUCUUUAUCCUCCACGGGCAUGGGUGGCGAUGUUUUCCCCCGAUUCGAGGAUGUAACGUUAAAUGUGUCGGGAACUCUCAGGAAAUGUUUUGUCUUCAUUUUAAAAUCUUAAUACAUUUGCCAUGUUACUUAAAAGCAAGUUAUUCCAAAUGUCAACAGCGAAGUAACAUCAUGUGUUGCACCAGCUUUCUAGACGAGCAAACAUGAAAUUAAACUACUGUGUACAGCUGGUUACUGUAACGGUAGCUAGCUACUAAGCUAACGUGAAGAGGUCUAACGUUAGUAUUUAGCUAAGCUAGCCACUUUGAACAUUCAUACAACGUGUGCCCAUCAGGUUCACGGGAGAUGAAGGUUAAAAUCAAGCAGUGGAACGGCGUGGCAUCCUGGCUGUGGAUGGCCAAUGAUGAGAACUGUGGGAUCUGCAGGAUGUCUUUUAAUGGCUGCUGCCCAGACUGUAAGGUUCCUGGAGAUGACUGCCCAUUGGUCUGGGGCCAGUGCUCCCACUGCUUCCACAUGCACUGCAUCCUCAAAUGGCUCAACUCCCAGCAGGUCCAGCAGCAGUGCCCCAUGUGUCGGCAGGAGUGGAAGUUCAAAGAAUGAGCUCAUCUGGAGAACAUCGCUCGAAUGCCUUUCAAAGAGACUGAUGCGUCAGAAUCAGAGGAUUCUAGUGUUUCGGAAUACAUAUGCUUCUGUUUUUGUUGUACAUUUCCAGCUACUUUUUUUUCUCUUCUCUGAGGCUGUCAUUGUUUGUAUUAUGUGGAGGGGUGUGUGAAUAAAUAUGUGAUUAGGAUUUAAUCUUGA